UGUGCAGAUUUGUGGAAAUGGCCCAGCUCGGCUCUGUCGUGGCAGUUGCUGCUGCCAUUCUUGCUGCCAUGAUCUUCUCGUCUGUACACAAGGUGGAAGAGGGUCACAUCGCUGUUUACUAUAGGGGUGGAGCAUUAUUAAAGGCAACGAGUGGUCCGGGAUUCCAUCUCAUGCUGCCCUUUAUCACCACUUUCAAAACUGUACAGAAUACCGUCCAGACAGAUGAAGUAAAAAAUGUCCCUUGUGGUACAAGCGGUGGAGUCAUGAUAUACUUUGACAGGAUCGAAGUGGUGAAUUUCCUCAUUCCAAGUGCAGUGUAUGACAUUGUGAGAAACUACACGGCAGACUACGACAAGACAUUGAUUUUUAACAAGAUCCACCAUGAGCUGAACCAGUUCUGCAGCGUUCACACUCUACAGGAAGUCUACAUUGAACUGUUCGAUCGGAUAGAUGAGGACCUGAAGUUGGCACUGCAGCAAGAUUUAACAGCCAUGGCUCCGGGUCUGAUUAUCCACGCAGUCCGGGUGACCAAACCCAACAUUCCAGAAACCAUCCGCAGGAACUAUGAAUUAAUGGAGAGUGAGAAGACAAAAUUACUGAUCGCAGCACAGAAACAAAAGGUGGUAGAGAAGGAAGCCGAGACUGAACGGAAAAAAGCGCUCAUCGAGGCAGAGAAGGUAGCUCAAGUGGCUGAGAUUAAAUUUGCCCAGAUGAUAAUGGAGAAGGAAACGGAGAAGAGGAUCUCCGAGAUUGAAGAUGGUAUCUUUGUUGCACGGGAGAAGGCUCGAGCAGACGCUGAUUUCUACACGGCCCAGCAAGUGGCUGAAGCCAACCGGCUGAAGCUGAGCCCUGAAUAUCUGCAGCUUCUGAAAUAUCGAGCAAUUGCUUCCAACAGCAAAAUCUACUUCGGGAAGGACAUCCCCAAGAUGUUUGUGGACUUGAGUGCCUUUACACCUGGAGCAGUGAGCAAAACAUCAGAGGAAGUGAACACAGCGCCUGAGAUUGACAGCAUGCUGAAGGAGUUUGAAGGCAGGCUAUAACAAUGUGAAUGGAUUGGUGGUACAGCAAGGUAGAAAUCACUGUGAGCUAGCUCAAAUAGCAUUGUGCUGCUUGAAAAAAGGAUGUGGUCCACACUCUUUCUUUUGUUUCCAACUCAUUCUGUCCCUUGGCCAGAGCCCCUUUGAUUGGGUUUCCCUGCACUCAGACUACGACCUGUCCAUCUGCUGUUUGAAAUGUACAUCACUCACCAAGAAGUUGCAUCGUGACUCGAGAUGAUGCAACUCAGUCAAGUCCAUCCAGGAAUGCACCUUGUCCCGUGCAACGUAUUACAGCAGAACUGCAGCUGCUGCCAGAACUGUGAACAAGUGUCUCUUGCCUCGCAUUCUGUUAAUGGUUUUGGGAACUACGCUCAUGUGUGUGAAAGAGAGAGAGCGAGAGAGAGAAUGGGGUGACAUGAUAUUCGAUAUGUGGACUGGUGAAAGGAUACAGAUAGCAUUAGCACCAGGUCAAAUGAGGCAUAGUGUCUGUCACCUGGCAUUAUUUUCCUGAGAGUGUCUGGUCUAUAGCAAGGACUUUGAUCCAUCAGCCUGGUUUUCCAAAUGUAUUUGUGAACAUUCCCUUACUCCCCUAUCAAACACUAAAUAUUGGACACACACACAUAUUCCAGCUUCAGGGACAAACACCUUUGCACUGUGUUCUCUGGGUCCAACAGAUGAUUGCACCAAUGAUCUAAUGAUUUUGAAGGGUUCACUGAAUGUUAACUGCUCUGUUUAGCCCAGUUUCUGUUUAAACAGCAAUCAAUCGUCGACUAUUUGCUGUUUCAUGCUAUAAGUUGCUUUGUCUAACUCUUGGCUCCCCUAGUGUUUAAACCAGACACCCUGACCCCUUCCUUUAUGUCUGCAGCGGUGGGUAAUCAUCUGAAACCUUUAAAGAUGUGGUACCUGAGGUAAACACAGAGUUUAUGGGAAUCUAAACCCACUUAUCCUGUAAAGCGGGUUAACCCUACAGUUCCCUUUAGCCUUGACCAUUUGAUUUCAAAUCCAAUAUACCUCACCAAAUAGGGCUUAGUGAAUGUAGCUGACCUUGAGUGGGAGACUGUCCUUCACUCCUCACGAUGGAUAGAGGAGUAAAUUGAAGAAGCCCUUGUUUGUUUCACAUGCCUGCUGCUGGUCUACAUGUGACUUGAGAUAAAAUGAAUUCGAUUUUGUGACGAGGGUGGAAGGAGCUGUUCUUUUCCUUUAGGGAGCAACUGGUAGUCCUCAAUUUGACUUUCUGUCUGAUUGUGUCGGUAAAUCAUUGGCACAAGAGUCUGUUUUGAUAGCAAGGGAACUGCAAAUGGAUCUGCAUGUCCUGACUCAGAAACCUUGAGGAGUCACAUUCCCCUCGGCACUCUCUGGCUCUUGUACGCUUACGUGUUGCUGCUGUACACAGGCCUGAUUCUGCUUUCAGUAUCACGUGGGUCAGAUGGUGCUUAGAGUCCCUAGGAACACAGAGAUUAUGAGGUGCAGCCAUCAUUUCUCAACUGGAUCGAGAAAGGUGAAAUCCCUGUGGUUGAUAGUUUGAGACUGCAUAUUCAACGUGUGUGUUUGUGUGUCUGUGUGUUUGUGUGUCUGUGUGUGUGAGAGAGAGAGAGAGAGAGAUCCACCCUGCCCAGCUUCCCUCUGACGCGGUCCGAGCCCUCUGCUGACUCAGACAGUUUACUGAUUUGUGCCCUCGUUCUUUGUCCCAUAACAUUGCCCCAUAUCCACACUCCCUCCUGCGCUUUCUGUUCCCAGUUUUUGGUUUCUCACAACUCAGUAAAUUGGGUGAUUUGCCUGGGUUUAAUCACAGCAGUGUAGUUAUCAGAGGGAAAAUGAGAAGGUUUAAGAGCAGCCUUUAUGAUGGAGGCCUAUACAAGCCAAACUGAAUCCAUGUGGUUCAAUUCCAAGGGGAAAGUAUGUACAAUGUCGUAAUCUUCAAAGCGUAUCGAGAUGGCUACAAAAUUGUUUUCUUACUGUUAGACAGAUGAAUAUGAAAUUGAUAUCUUUGUGUUUUUAGAAUGUGAAGAGCAAAUACUAGGAAGGUACAUGCAGCACUUUGGGUUGUGAUCUCGAGGAUGGUCUUUGUAAUCAUUGACUUCAUAUAACGGCCACAGAGCUCAACACCUCAACCUAGCAAGUGAAACUGAAUCUGUUGAUUAGACAGUUCAACUCCCUGAUCAGGAAAUAUUGAUUGAUUUUCUGUUUUAAAAUUCCCACAUUAUUUAUUACAAUGGGAACCACCUAUGUAAACAUGUCACAUUGUAAUUACACCCUCGCACCAGUAGAGGCAUUGCAGUGUCUCCAUUGGCAGGAAGAUAAUAUCAUGUUGUGACAUGCUUCCAAAGGCAACUGCUAUGAUAAAUAGGAAUGAGAAUUAGGAUUCUCUAAAGAAGUAACUGAAAAACAGGAAUUGUGUCUGUCUGGAUAUGUUCAGACAGUUAUUUCCCAACUGCCCCACAGCCAUCCUGUAAAACUGCUUCAUUUGAAAUGCUGUUUUUUUUUCAGAGAAUGUGAAAGGAUCUCUAUGGGUGGAGAGCCACCAAGCUUGUCUCAAACUGACUACAGAUUGCUGAGAGAAGCUGAUACAUUGCUGUUAGCCUGUAUUGUUGCAGACCAUGUGUGAGUGCUGUUCUCAGAGGAAGUCCUGAGGAAUUGGGAGGAUCUCCCACAUCCUGUCUAUUUAAGAACAUCAGCCUUUGGUUCAAAAUUGAUGCCGCCUUCCAGUCCUGUUUCUUAUCAGCCCCUGGGGUGACUAACGGUGGGAUUGAAAUUGAGAAAAUUAGACCAAUGCUGUGUUUCCAAAACAUUAUCUUUAUCCCUGAAGGAAAGUUCUGAGCAGAAUUCUUUGAGUGCAAUGGGUUGGUGAAGACCAUGAGACUGGGGUAGUGCAGAAAGUGUGAUUUUUUUUUUAGAGCCCACACUAGUUUGCUCAAAAAAGAUAAUUGAAUGUGAUCUGAGGUGUGUGUGUGUUUUUGUUAAAUGAGUGCAAUGUCUCCAGGUAGAGCUCUUGCCCACUGUGAUUUUAUUUGUUAAUUAUUCCUUGUGUGCAUUUGAAAUGUUGAAUUUUUGGGGGAAUUAUUUUUUUGUAAAACUUGAUCUGUUAACUUUUCAGUGUCCUGAUAACCCCAAUAAAAAAGUGAUGCCUCAAU